AUGGCUGAGGAAUCGCUGCUCGAGCGCAAGUACUUUGACGGCAUCUACAUCCCCGCUGGCCUUUUGGUCUUCGGCACCGUCAUCGUCAAGUCGGAAUGGACCCUCUACGCCGCCCUCGUGGCCCUCGUCUUGGGCGCGAUCAAGUACUGGAGGAUGCUCCCCAAUAAGAUCCUCAAGCCCAAUGUCUUCCAGGAAUUCGAGCUCAAGGAGAAGACCGUCAUCUCCCAUAACGUCGCCAUCUACCGCUUCAAGCUCCCCACCCCCGCCGCCAUCCUCGGCCUCCCCAUCGGCCAACACAUCUCCAUCGGCGCCGCCAUCGAGCAACCCGACGGUUCCACCAAGGAGAUCGUGCGCUCCUACACGCCCAUCUCGGGCGACCACCAGCCGGGCUACUUCGACCUGCUCAUCAAGUCCUACCCGACCGGCAACAUCAGCAAGCACAUGGCCUCGCUACAAGUCGGCCAGACGAUCCGCGUCAAGGGUCCCAAGGGCGCCUUCGUGUACACCCCCAACAUGGUGCGUCACUUCGGCAUGGUAGCCGGCGGCACGGGCAUCACGCCCAUGCUGCAAGUCAUCCGGGCCAUCGUGCGCGGCCGCGCCGCGGGCGACCGCACCGAGGUCGAUCUGAUUUUCGCCAACGUUACGCAGCAGGAUAUCCUCCUGAAAGAAGACCUGGACGCGCUGGUGGCUGAGGAUAAGGGGAUUCGCGUGCAUUACGUACUCGAUCGCCCGCCUGAGGGCUGGACUGGUGGUGUGGGCUUUGUUACCCAGGAGAUGGUGGAGAAGUUGUUGCCUAAGCCGGCGGAUGAUGUCAAGAUUCUGUUGUGCGGCCCUCCCCCGAUGAUUAGUGGGUUGAAGAAGGCGACGGAGGCGUUGGGCUUUAAGAAGGCUAAGCCGGUUAGCAAGUUGGAGGAUCAGGUGUUUGCUUUCUAA